AUGUUUAGAAAAUCAUGUAAAAGGUUCUGUUAUAUUUGGAUACUUGCUUAUAGCAAAAUGUUUGUACAUAUAUUUUUGAUGUUGUUGAUGGCUUUGUUUGGUGCGAAUGCAGAGGGAAGCGAAGGGAAUCCUCAUUUUCAAAUCGAUCACAAAUCAGGCAAACUCGACAUCAUGGCCACACGGACAAGCGCAGAUAUCCAGUCCACGGAAGAUUACGUCGACCUGGUGAUGAAACCGGGUGAAGGCAUUUCUUCUGUGUCCCAUCAAGAAGCUUCGCAACGGCACCAGACUCCGGAACAGUUUAUGUUCCGGAACAAAAAGAAAACCGGAUGGAGGGACGGCAUUUCACAAAAUGAUGAGGCAGAAGUUAGAAGCAAUGAAAAACUAUUGAAUUUCGAUAACAAAUGGCAGAAUUUGUUUAAAUUCCCGAAAGGAAAUAAAACAGUUGAUUCAAGUGUACCUCGCAACUUGACUUUGAAAAACGAGACAGGACUUUCUAAAGAAAUAGCAAGUAAUAAAAUGCUCGAGGUAGAGAGUAAUGCAAAAAGCCUUGCAAAAAUGAUUGAAGAUGGUUCUUCACGCAAUGCGAUAGAUCCAGCAAAGAUCAAAGAAGCGGCAAAGAAUUUGGAAGAUCAAGUUGAGACUUUGCAAGAUGAGGUGCUACAAACAUUUGCAAACGAAAGUGUGGCUAUUGAAAAAGAAAAGGAAGAAGGAAAAGACAAAUCAAGUUUGCAGAAAGAUAAAAAAGAAAAGGACGAGAAGAAGUUUAGCAAAGAAAAGAACAAAAAUUGUACAGAUUGUGGGACUAAGGUUCCAAAACCAGGGGAUCCAGCAGAUAACUCAACAUUGGUGCCAAAGUUGAAAAAAGGCGGGGAUAAUAAUGGAACAAGUAGUGCUUUUGACGCUAAUAAUACAGUGAAGGAUGAUCCCUCUGAGAAGAAGGUUGAAAAUGAAAAGGCAAAGAAUGUGGAAAAUGGUCAAAAGGAAACUAAGAAAAAGGUUGAUGAAGACAAGGAAGAUAAGGAUCAAAGGGACAAUGGAGAGAAAAAGACAAAGGGGGAGGCAGAAAGUAACAGCGAUAGCAAGAAAAAUCCGAAAAAGGGUACAAAAACAGCAGCAUUGGAUAAAGGAAAACAUUGCAAAGAUUGCGGGACAAAAAUACCAAAAGUUGGUAACAAAACAGAUGAUGGCAAGCUUGCAGUUCCAAAACUGACUGGAGAUAAUGACACGACCGUUGCAAACGGGUUCAAGCAAGGACAGGCAGCAUUAGAGAAGCAAAAGGAAGUUAAAACAAAUGAUAAAGGGGCAGGAAAAUCUGCUAGUGAUAAUAAAGAAGCUACAAUGAAGGCCGAAAAGAAGCCUUGCAAAAAUUGCGGAGGAAAGAUUGCCAAACCUGGUAACAAAACAGAUGAUGGUAAAUUGAUUGUGCCAAAACUGUCAAAAACGAACACAAACAGUAGCCAAAAUGCAUACCAGAACGCGUUGGCAAAUGAAAAACUCAUUCUGCAGAAUGUGCAAGUAGACAAAGAAGAAUCUUUCGAUUUGGAUGAUGAUGCACAAGAGAUAACUGAAGAUGCCGACUACGCAGAGUUAUCAAGUAGCAAAUACGCUGGCAGCAAAAACAAAACAUCAGAAUCACAGAUUCGUGAAGGGGAGGCAUCACAAAAAACCGUAGGGCAGAGUACGGGAAAUGGCGAUAGUGGAAGCUCGGCGGAACGAGAAGAACAGCGAAAUAAAGAAUUAGCUGAUUCUGAAAAAGAGAGUCGGCAGAACCAGGAAGAAAAUAAAUCAAUGGAGGGCCUAAAUAAUACAAAAUCUGGAGCGACACAAGUUGGGAAUGAAAAAGAGCAAAAUGGUAACAAAACAAACAAAGAGGUCAGACUGAAUGGGGAUAAACAAGAUGAGAAAAAACCAGAUGCUUCUUCAAAAGUCGACGAUAAGAGUGAUACGAAGAAAGAAGAUUCGAAUGAUCAAGCUGGAGAUAAUUCUUCUGAAAUGAAAACCAGCGAACAAGCAGACGAGGCUAAAGGCCGCAAUAAGGAGGUGAAUGGUUCCAAGGUUUCAGACAAAGAAUCUGUUGGGAAUAAAAAUAUGACAGAAGAGGCAAAGUUGAAAAAGGAAACAGAUCUUAAAGAUUAUUCUGUUGACAGAGUAAAAAAUCAGAACAUGAAAACAGUGAAGCAAUUCAGUGACCUUUUGAAAAUUGUUCUGAAAAAUACAACGACAGAGCAGAAAGAGGAACUUCUUAAGCUGACAUGGCAUGAUUUAAGAGCAAGACAUACUAAAGAAAAAAUGAACGAACAAAAAGAUAAGGUAAAGAGUAACAGUGCUGGAGACGGCAAUUUUAGCAAUAGCAGUGGAUUAAGACACAAGCCUGGAGGGAGUGUAAAACCUGAAGUGAAGUCUCCAACAGAAGAAAGCACUCCUUCAAAGAGUGGAGAUAAUGGAGGCUACAAAACAAUUGUUGGGAGAAUUAAAGAGAAAAUUUCGCUACUGAAAGACCUUAUCGAGUUAAAUAAAAGAAGAGAGGCGAAAAAGAAUUCGACAGCAUAUGACCCCUAUCAGGGUUUUAAACGAGCCAAGGUCAGAGAUAAUCGAUAGAAAAGAUCAUCUGGCAAAAAGGAAACCAUUGCAGAAAUAUAAGUUCCUAAAAGUCAUUUAGCAUAUGCUGAAAUACCCCAAUGUUCUCGUAUAUCUGAAAAACACACGCGCAUCACACAGAGAGGGUAUACUAGGGACUAAAGAUAUGGCGAGGAUGUGCCAUAAUAGGAAAACAUAGUGUUUCUAUCUGAAAUAUGAGACCCAUAACUCCGUGCUGUAGUAUGCCUAAGUAAGAAGCAGAUUAUUUUUGUAGUGGCUGUACUGCACAUCAUAUAUCAUAUGAAGAUACACCCUAUACUGCACAAAACAGUUCAGAUUUAUCAUUAGUAAUAUUUGUAAGUAUUAUGUAUAGUGAAAUCUUUUGUGAAAAUGUGUUCCUCAAUUCAAUGUUUUAUAACAUUAAAUACGCCUAUAACAUUUACUGGAUAAAAAGUGCAAAAGGAUUUUGUUUCCCCAGCCUUGAUCAUUGGGCCUUAGUUAAACGUUGCUCACACUAAGCCAUCUCUUUCCCCUUAAAUUUUAAAUGGUACACCCUUUUAAAACCACGAUAAUCCUGGUCUCGAAGAUGCAACGCAAGCACAGUUGGUUGUCAUUUAACAUGGUCUGCCAUUUGUUUUGGUCAGUCUGUUAGUUUAUUAUAACACGGGUUGCAAGCUUCAUUUUUACACAAGCUGUUCUGUACCUCAAGUUAAUGCAGACU